AUGGUAACCGGGGGCCCCUGGGAGCCACAGGGAACGUGACGUCACGGUUUGUGUCUGGUGACGUCACAUGGCCCCUCACAUUCCUCGUACGUCACCACACGGCCACUCACACUCACUAAACCGCCACUCACACUCACUGUGCCCGUCUAAACCGCCACUCACACUCACUGUGCCCGUCUAAACCGACACUCACUAAACCGCCACUCACACUCGCUGUGCCCGUCUAAACCGACACUCACUAAACCGCCACUCACACUCACUGUGCCCGUCUAAACCGCCACUCACACUCACUGCGCCCGCCUAAACAGCCACUCACACUCACUGUGCCCGUCUAAACCGACACUCACCAAACCGCCACUCACACUCACUGUGCCCGUCUAAACAGCCACUCACACUCACUGUGCCCGUCUAAACCGACACUCACUAAACCGCCACUCACACUCACUGUGCCCGUCUAAACCGCCACUCACACUCACUGUGCCCGUCUAAACCGACACUCACUAAACCGCCACUCACACUCACUGUGCCCGUCUAAGCCGCCACUCACACUCACUAAACCGCCACUCACACUCACUGCGCCCACCCAAACCGCCACUCACACUCACUGCGCCCACAAGCGCCACUGCUUCGCUGUGCCCGUCUAAACAGCCCACUCACUUUCAUGUGCCCGUCUAAACAACCACUCACACUUUCGCUGUGCCCGUCAACCAGCCACUCCUCGCUGUGCCCGUCUAAACAGCCACUCACACUCGCUGUGCCCGUCUAAACAGCCACUCACACUCGCUGUGCCCGUCUAUCUCCACUCACACUCGCUGUGCCCGUCUAUCUCCACUCACACUCGCUGUGCCCGUCUAUCUCCACUCACACUCGCUGUGCCCGUCUAUCUCCACUCACUCGCUGUGCCCGUCUAAACAGCCACUCGCUGUGCCCGUCUAAACAGCCACUCACAUUGACUGUGCCAGUCUAAACAACCACUCGCACUCACUGUAUCAAUUCACACAGCCACUCACAUUCCUUGUAUUCGUCUAAACAGCCGCUCACACUCACUGUGCCCACCUAUCUCCACUCACGGUGCCAGUCUUAACAGCCACUCACACUCACUAUGCCCAUCUCUAUGUAUCAAUCUACACACUAACUGUAUCAAUCUACACAGCCACUCCCACUCACUGUAUCAAUAGAAACAGCCACUCACUGUAUCAAUAGAAACAGCCACUCACUGUAUCAAUAGAAACAGCCACUCACUGUAUCAAUCUAAAAAGCCACUCACACUCACUAUGCCCGUCUAAACAACCACUCACACCUACCGUGCCAGUCUAAACGGUAACUCACUGUGCCCACCUGUUGUCACUCACACUCACUGUGCCCACCUGUCGCCACUCACACUCGCUGUGCCCGUCUAAACAGCCACUCACACUCGCUGUGCCCGUCUAAACAGCCACUCACACUCGCUGUGCCCGUCUAAACAGCCACUCACACUCGCUGUGCCCGUCUAUCUCCACUCACUCGCUGUGCCCGUCUAAACAGCCACUCGCUGUGCCCGUCUAAACAGCCACUCACAUUGACUGUGCCAGUCUAAACAACCACUCACACUCACUGUAUCAAUUCACACAGCCACUCACAUUCCUUGUAUCCGUCUAAACAGCCGCUCACACUCACUGUGCCCACCUAUCUCCACUCACGGUGCCAGUCUUAACAGCCACUCACACUCACUAUGCCCAUCUCUAUGUAUCAAUCUACACACUAACUGUAUCAAUCUACACAGCCACUCCCACUCACUGUAUCAAUAGAAACAGCCACUCACUGUAUCAAUAGAAACAGCCACUCACUGUAUCAAUCUAAAAAGCCACUCACACUCACUAUGCCCGUCUAAACAACCACUCACACCUACCGUGCCAGUCUAAACGGUAACUCACUGUGCCCACCUGUUGUCACUCACACUCACUGUGCCCACCUGUCGCCACUCACUCUCACUGUGUCAGUCUAAGCGGCCGCUCACACUCACUGUCAGGAUUAUUCACUAAACUCAGAAUUUUUGCAGAUUAGACCCAACUGGCAAAACUGAGGCAAAAAUAACAAAGUUGUCACAGUGGCUGAGAUAGACUUUUCUCAUCUAUUUUGCCUCUUUUUUGAUUUAGUUUGCAAAAAUGUUUAGUGAAUAACCCUGUCAGUCUAAACGGCCCCUCUGUCCCCCCGGGUCAGUCUAAACGGCCCCUCUGUCCCCCCGGGUCAGUCUAAACGGCCCCUCUGUCCCCCCGGGUCAGUCUAAACGGCCCCUCUGUCCCCCCGGGUCAGUCUGAGCCGCCCUUCCUUUAGUUCAUUUUUUGUUUUUUCUUCAAUUAACCAGGAUUGUGGUGAAUUGUAAAUGAAAUUCCAGAUUUUAAUAUAAAUCCAAGCUAUUUCCGCCUUCAAUUUGCAAGUAUUUUAAUUCUAAGCUUAGUGAAUAAACCCCUAUGUUUUGCACUAAUCCGUUCUUUUUCUGUAAAAACUCACUACAUAUUGCAGUUAAACAUCUGUGUACUUCUCCUCUAUAUCGCUAAUGUGACAGUAAUUAUGAUGUACAUGGCUGCUUAGUAUUAUGAAUUAUCUGUGUACCAGUUAAUGACAUAUUACGUUGUCUAAAGCCCUUGUUUCGUUAGCAUUGUCACAAUAACAUGAGUUAAUUAAUUUAGUAAAUUUCAUCAGGACCUGUGAUCAAUAGCUGAUCUGGUAUUUUCAGAAGCCCAGAUAAUAUUAACAGAUAAAAUGAAAGAUGUAAGCCCUGUCUGGCCUAAUUUUAACGUAAGGCAUAUAUUAAAGAGACACUUCACACACGUAAGGCACACAGCUUGUGUCUGGAGUCUGUCACAUUUGUGACCGUUUAAAAGGUGCAGAUUUUAAUACAAAUUUUCACUUUUAUAAUUGGGGGCAGAAACGCCUACCUGUUUAUCAAUCCAGAAAGCCAGGAAGGUUUUCUUUCACUUCUGUUAGCUGCACAGAGCUAAAGGAAGAGGCAGGUGUGCUAGAGCGAGCUUACCUUACUCCCUUUUCAAUGAGCUGCGUUACAAGACGAGAGCUCUGCAGCUGGUUUUAGAUCUAUCCACUGCUUGCAUUUUAUCUUUGGGGGAUAUUUACAAAACUGUUACAUUUAACACAUUUCCAGUGCAAUGUUCCUUUAAAUGUUGCUUAUAUAAUCACUGCUAUAGGUUGCUUUAUAAAUAACUCCUAAAUACUCAUUCAGGAUUGUGCAUGAGGAUUUGGGAUUAUUACGGUGUACCCAGUGUGGAUUGCUUUCAGUGACUGUACAUGAGGGUUAGUAUCUGAAAUGUAAUAUAGGACAAGUCUGUAACUUCAGUCUGAAAUAUGAAGCAGCUCAACUGUGUUCUCUACUGCUAUACUGUAUAUUAAAUGUAGGAAUCACAAGGCCACCAGUAGGAUUAAAGCAAAGUCGGGGUGGGAAGGGGGUAGUUCUGAUGUUUAUGUCUUUGAAAUGUGAUGUUCAUUAUUAGAUGUAGUUGCAGUUUCCUUGUGUUUACACACUGUGGACACAAAUUACAAUAGCCCGAUUAAAUUGUGUGAUCUCAGUGGUUCAUACCUAUGUGGAACUUCACUAGACCACAGCUUGUAGUUGUGUGCUUCAUGACCUGAUUGUAAGGUGAGCUAGGUCACUUCCUGGUUUGCGUGUUUUUCAGUAAAUGAAUGGAAGGUGAGGCUUGUGACGUGUGGGGGCAUCUCUUUAACCCCUUAAGGACACGUGACAUGUCAUGAUUCCCCUUUAUUCCAGAAGUUUGGUCCUUAAGGGGUUAACGGAUUCCUUUGUGUAGUUACAACUUAGAAUGUAAACAUUGUGUUCACUGACCCUCCAUCCAGCAGCUGUAAGAUAUACCUCCCAUUUGGGUAAAUGGGCUGCGCAAACAUUCAUUUCCUGCAGAUUUUCAGUCCCGAGUGAGGUGUGAUAUAUUGUAAUGUGAAUUCUGUCUGUGUACCAUGUCCUAUAUUCACAACUGAUUUCCAGUGAUUUUCCUGGCCCAGUAAGACUGUCUUAGUGCUAAAUAGCAAAGCAAUGCCUAGAGCCUAGUGGCACAUAAAUAGCCAAAUGUUGCAGUCCAGCUUUGAGUGAGUUGCACUUUGCUUUGAGUGUUGCAGUAAGUGUGCAAAGCCCCAUUACCCAACUCAGAGAGACUAUCUGUGCCGUGCCUACUUCCUCCUACUGUCACACUGCGGUGGCUUUCUGGCAGUUUUGUGGUGUUUGUGGGAUCUUGAAACAUAGUUAAAAAGGGAGGAUUUUUUUCUUUAUUUUCAUAAAGCGCCAGCAUGCCCUGAAGCAGAUCUACUACCAAUACUUAAUAAACAAAUGUAAAAAAAUACAAAAUCAUGAUUAACAAUGUUUUAUUAUUUAUUUUAAAUGUUUUACGUUUUGUGCACAAGCAAAAACAAGGCCUUAAAGGGACUUUCCAUGAAUUAUUUACCACAUCUUUUUUGUUUUAUACAGGGUGGGCCAAAAUUCAGAGUAUGGUUUGAGGCGUCAAUUACUUUUUUUAAUUGAUUAACUACUUUCAAUGAUAAUACAUAAAAUGAACGCUUAACAUAUGGAGAUUUAAAUGAUUAGGUCUUUUAAAUGAGCUCCAUUUGCUACCUUGCAGUCGGGCCCUUUCGAUUGCAUUGUGAAUAACAUUAGUGAAUAACAUUAGUUAAUGUUUGUAGUUCUGGCACUCAAAUUUCUGCACUCCUCAAAUAUGCACAAGUUUUUUUUUUUAGUUACACCCACUCCUUCAGUUAUCCCAACAAGAAAUAAUCUGGGGCUGAAAGGUUGGGCAAAUGUGGCGGCCAAUUAAUCUGGGACAUUGCUCAAAAUAAUGGACCUACCAUUUUGAAAAUAAAAUUCCACUAUUUUUAAUUGAUUCUUUGUGAAAUUAGUUGUGAUGAAUCUUCUACUAACAAGUUAUUUACUUGUCAUAUCCUACUCUGAAUUUUGGCCCAGCCUGUACAUGUUAUCGAGUCAAUGCUGCUCUACAGUUGUCCCCUGGCUUUGUUUACCGAUAUCCUCUUCAAACAGUAAAUGAUGGAGUAUCCCAGCCAAUCCUGACCAUUCCAUGGACUUAUGUGAGAGCUGUACAUUUCAUGUAAACUCUCCAAGCUCAAUUUACUUGUGUACUCUUCUUUUUUAAUACAAAUGUAAGCUCAAAAUGUUUUUUUAUUGCUUGUGCUUUUCCUCUCCUUGAAUGAGGAAACACUGCCCUGGUGUUUAUGGGAAUUGUAUAGUUGUUUAUCACCCCUUUUCUGGUGGUUGUGGAGGACCAGGGGUGGUGCUGUAAUGAGACAUAGCCAUGCCGUCACUUUAAACAUACGCAGUAGUGCAGAGUAGGUGAAGAAAUCCAUUUGCUGACACUUGAAAGAACUACAAAGUAAUAUGUAUGCUAACAAAAAUCAUUUUCUAGGGUGUGCCAGUGAUGGCUUAAUCCACAUUUUACAGUUUGUAUAGUUAGAUAGUUAACAAAAAAUUAUAUUUAUUUCAAAUCUGUAUAGGAGAAACAUGCGUGUCAGUGGGGAUAUAUGUAUCUAAAGAUCUCUUCUUUAUUUUUAUAUUUAUGCCAUUUUUAACAUUUAAAGAAACUUCAAUAUAAUAUUUAAUUAUUCUUUAUAUUUAGCAAUUUAUGUUUUAUAUAUCUGAAUAAUAAAAUUAAACCGAAAUCCACAAGUCUGUAACAUUCUCUCUAACUGGGCUCCACCAUCUUGGUUAAUUUUAGGUAGAAAGUCACCCAGAAUGGUUUGUGCUUGCUUUACUUUCUCACUUUUUUGUUUUGUUUUGUUUUGUUUUGCAUGAGGAUAACAUAAAUUGGCUUGCAAUGCUCCAACAGCACAUGCAAGUACAAGAAAAAUCAUAGUAAAAUGGUUGGUCAGCAUUGUGAGGAGAUUGCACAUUUUAAAAGUAUAGAUGUGUAGUAAGGUACAUGUUAAGCAUAUCUGUCUACGUAUAAAGAAAUAAAGUAAUGCAACUACAUAGGAUUAUCAGGCAGAGUGAAACCACCAAUUGCUUAUUAACUGUGAUCACUGGGUGUGAAAGCAAUGUAAACUCAGAGCUAAACAAAAACCCCAGGCUGGGCAGGAGUAUCAGCUUAUAAAUUAUAAGCUUAUUGAGCCGAUGCCUAUAGCACACAGACGAAGUCCAGGCUGGUAUAACAGGUGACAGUAGCCUCCCUGGGUUCUGCGGUUUGCGGCAGCUCUCCAUCUCCCAGGAUCCCAAACCUCUCCUUUUGUAAUGAGACAGGGUCCACGAAACUGCAUGGGGGUAUGAUCUUCGCAGGAUUCUCCUGGGUCUCCGUCUCUGGGGAUGUUAACUGGCAAGAGCUUUGUGUGCAAGUGUGGUUGCUGUCUCCGUUUCUUCAAACUCCGCCAGAACCGCUGGCAAAUUGCAUCGAAUUUCUUAUAGAACUCUUCUUCCCAACUCAGCCCCAUAGCUUGUGCAGCAAGCUUCGUGGCAGCCACGCUGUGUGCCAUCUUAGGCAGGCCACAAAGGAGCGUGUUACGCCGGAGUGACCCAGGAGCUGCAGAUAUGUUAGUGGCUGGUCAGGUGGGGACCGGGAUAACCUGCCGUCCCAGAUAGGGGGAGUGCGGGGCUCUGAUUAUUCACAAAGAGAAAGGCUCGGGCCACCCCGGACGGAGAGAUCGGCCACUUCCGUCGAACAUACCCACUCCAAGGUUGCCCUAGGUAUAACAGACGAGGGUACCAGUGUAGGCAAGUGCAGCAGGAAAGGAUUUUAACCCUCUAUUUCACUGUUAGAGCAGGAACAAGCAGGAGCCCAAGAACAUUCUACUUUCUCAAAUUUGUCAAUUUUAAAUUUAUUAUGUUUCCUCAUGGGAAGCGCCCGGCGCCCGGCUGCCGGCCUUCCUCAUCGCAAGCGUCUGGCUGCCAGUCUUCCUCAUUUAUAGCUGCUCAUGUUUGCAUGAACACAUUACUUUUGGAUAAGAUGUUGAUGAGAAUGAUUAUUUUCAGAAUGGAAGUUAAUAGUAUUUACAUUUCACAUGUAUGGCUGCAGAGUUGGCUGCAAGGUGUAUUCGCAGUAAAGGAUUAUGGUGUAGCAGAAUGAGCCUCGUCCAUUUGUUCUCCACCAAUCUGCUGUGUAAUGUUUAGCUGACCAGUUAUUGAAAUAGCUGAAGCCAGAGUGUUGGACUGCAUAGAGGAGGAUUUUGUUUAAUGUUGUUAUUGUAGUUUUUAGAGAUGGGUCCUUAAUAUAAUAUGCUGUGGGGGAUGAUUGUGUGAUAUGCAAGUGAAAGAUGGAUGUCCUACAGGUGAGAGGUUUGUGCAGUGUUUGCAUGCAGCUGGUAAGACAUGGCGCAGUUUGUGUGGUGUGUUCGACGCAGGUCGGUGCAAUGGCAACAAAGGUGGGUGCAGUGGGAUUAAUGUGCCACGCAGGUGGGUGCAGUGGGAUUAAUGUGCCACGCAGGUGGGUGCUGUCUGAGUGAUGUGCCACGCAGUGGAUACAUCAAGAUUAAUGUUCCAUGCAGAUGGAUGCUGGGAGAUUAAUGUGCCGCAGAUGGGUGCUGCGAGAUUAAUGUGCCAUGCAUGUGGGUGCUGCGAGAUUAAUGUUCCACCCAGAUGGGUGCAGUGUGUGAUAUGCCACGGAGGUGGGAGAUGGGUGUAUGGUAGUAUUUAUUGGGGGGGGGAGGGGGUGAUUUAUUGGUACCAUGUGGCUUCUCCUUAUUAAACACUGUGGGUUUCUAAUUAUAUCUUUGAAACCUGUGCUUAGAUGACUCUCUUGUUGGUUGCUGUGUGGAUUCAACCUUUAAGUAUAUUUAACAUGUACAAUGCCAGAGGGUUGUUUUACUUACCAUCUUCCUAUUUCUACUACUGCUAUUUAUUAUUAUAUGGAUGUCCAAGGAGUAACAGACUUUAGGCCACAAAAACAGAUGUUUUGGAAAGGUUCUGCCACUCAAAUGUUUUCUUAACUUGGCUGCUUUACUUUGAAUUUUGAGGAACACUCUUAACAUUAUAGGACGAUUUUAAGGUUAAAAAUAAAUAUAUGCAUUUUUAACAUUCUGGCGCUCAUUUCUUUUAUUAGAUUUAGUUAUUGCCUUUUCAAAUGUUUUUAAAAAAAAGUAAUUUAAAAAAGCUAUUAAACGCUGGUAUUCCAGCAUCUGACAGCGGCCCUCUGCUCUUGGUGCGAUGUUGUUUGGUAAUCGCGGUUCAAUGUCGAGAAGCAUUGGUGACCUACAUCACAUGCACAGUAGUUGCCCAGCUUCACCAAUCAAAUGCUUCUCAUCGAUCCAGUACGUCUCUCCAAAAAGUAUUAAUAGCGUUAACACCGAACGUUUAAUACCUUUCAUUUUACUGAUCAGUAAGUAAACUUCAACUGAAUUGCUCAGCAAGUUAAUUGAAACAAAGAACGUCAUUUGUUUUAUUUUUUUUGAUAUAAAAGAUGCUAGAGGGGCAUUCUAAACCCCAUAACACCUUCAAAGCUCAGUCUGCUGUCAGUGCUCCCAUAGUAAAUACAUGGGACCUCAUGCACCCGUGGUCCCCACACACUUUUCAGAUAUCACUAAAGUUGGAAGCUCCUAUUUUCUCAUGUUUGGUGGAAGCUCACACUCUUCGCCAAGUAAUUCUGCAGAAAUAGGGACAGAAUGUGUAUAGUAUUAUAAAGAGAAUGGGGAAAGAGGACGCUUGGGGUCCAGGUUUGUUUCAAACCAAUUGAAAAUAGCAACUGUUGUGGUUGUGGUGCUCUGACUGCACCUUUACAUGGAUGCUAUUGGCCUAGCCCUAUAUUUUGAGAAUUGACAUUUCAAGGGAGGGACCAAUUUUAUCAUUUAGAUUGUUAAUGUAUUUUUUUUUUUUAUAAUGUUUUUAGCACAAUAUAGAUAAAAUUGUCUAAUAUAAGUUUUGUAUAAAAUCGGAAUAUACCUGUGUUUUUGAGAACAAUGCAUUUUUUAUAGCGUAGUGUAGUGUAGCGCCCCCCCCCUCACACUGCCAAUGUAAGUAUUUAAACUGUUCACUAAUGGACGUGCUGCAAGAGUUAUGGUGCUCGGAGUGUUCUUCCAAGAGACUCCUGUAAAUAUAGUCUGGCACUUCCUGUGUUUCAAAAUAAAAAUAUAUUUUAAAAACCCUAAAUAAAUAUAAAUUGUUUUGUGUGUGCUUCGGAUGUCAGAUGCAUUUUUGUCUAAUUGCCAUUUAUGCCACAGCCAUGGCACACACUGCAUUAAAGGAAGAGAACGUUUGACUUUUUUUCUAGCCUUUAUGCUCUCUCUAUGCUGACUGCCAAAAGCGGGAGAGGAUGUAUUAACAGUGACUGACAGGGGUGAAGGCGCCCAGUUUCAGGAUAAAGAGAUGAUUGAUUUCUGCAUUUUGUUUUAUUUUUUUCAUGCCUCGCAAAUCCACAUUUUCAGUUGUAGGGAAUAUUAAAAACCGUGGGAAGUGGCAGUUCCCCUUUUAAUUGCCAUCCUAAAUGCCAGUUUUACAAGUCCUUCCUCUUCUCGGUGACGAGCUGAAUUGUGAAACAGCUUUGUGUCUGACAGGGGUUCAUAUGUUCCCUUUUGAGUCCCGCUGGAAGCUUGUUUGCAAGAAUGUAUUUUUGUACAAAUAUUUGAAGACUCUUUCCUCAUUACUGUAAUUGGGUGUUCCGCUUCUGUGGAAAGCAGUAUGUUGUGCAUUUAGCGAUUUGUCCAUAAACAUUGAUUAGCCCUUUCGAUCCCAAAACAAACGAUCUAGUUAUCUCUAUUUUUCCAUCAGUUUAGUUUAAAGGAACACUAUAGGGUCAGGAACACAAACAUGUAUUGCUGACCCUCUAGUGCAAGGGUAGGCAACUUUCGGCACUCCAGAUGUUGUGGACUUCAUCUCCCACAAUGCUCUUACCGAUAUAAUGCUGGCAAAGCAUUAUGGGAGGUGUAGUCCAAAACAUCUGCAGUGCCGAAGGUUGCCUAUCCCUGCUCUAAUGUUUAAGAUUAAACACAAACUUGUGUGUGUGUGUUAUCUAUUCUCAAUUUUUAGAAAACUAGAACACAGGUUAGCGUCAUGUGUGAGGGUCUUGAAUGAAUAUAUCUAUCAAGGCAAUAAAAGUCGCAUUGUCCCUCCUGUCCUCUUACACUUGUGAUUCAGUUUGUAUUGUUUUCCUUUCAUGAAUUAAGUAAGCGUGGCAGCCCUUAUCCAUGGCUGUGCGAACUCUAUCAUAGAGCGCCCUUUAUGGAAGAGGUCAUACCUUUAGCAGACAGGUGACAAGCUCUCCGUCUUCCAAAGACUCAGCCGGAGUUUGCCAACGGAGUAAUCCCCCUAAUUAAAGGGAUACUGAAGGCACCUAAACCACUACAGCAUUCUCUGACCUGUAUCCAAUGGGUUACGUUGAUAUGAGAAUGGGGAAAUGUAAACUUACGUUUUAUCAGACCACCUCAGAGUGGAAGGACUGUGCAUGGCAAAGCAUGGUAAGUGUCAAACCGUCCAGAAAUGGUUUAAAUGAUCACCAACAGACAGAGGCCUGGGACUCCAGGCACCAUAACUACAGUAGUGGUUAUGGUGCUUAGUGUCUGUUUAACAGGAUGAUAAACCUGUCUCCUAUUCUGGACCUCAUGUUUGCUUUUAUUUAUUGGAGUAACUGUAUAGAUGGCUUAUACUGACAUCUAUUGAUUAACUUUCUUUGGAAAUAAGUCUUUACUAGCAACUUUUCUUUACUUCUAGCUAGCUCUUCCAAAAAUCAGACAUCUGUAAAACCUAGGGACUAAUUGUAAAACCAGUGCAGAUUAAUGAAAGCUAAAAACGUAAUGUUUACAGGAAUGGCUCGUUUGGACAGACGAGUGCCUCUGGUGGUCCCGAUUCUGGGAAAGUAUUGUGGAAACACUAGGAUGUUUGUGUGGAUCUGAUGACAAGUUAGGCAGUGGCUGUGAGUUUGACCCGCUCCUCAUUGCCGCUGUUUUAUUUCAGCCAUCAGAAUGUGCUUACAGUGAUCGCUGGGAGCUAGGAAAAUCUGCCCUCGGUAGUCCCUGCUAUGUACACAACUUUUUGGUAAAAUAAACAAAGCAUUUUUUUUUUCCUAUUAAUUUACUCUGUUCCCUGAAAUUGUUCCAAAGUAAUUUGUCUUAUAAGAUCACAGCAGUAAAUGGCAGUCUACUUGAUGUACCUUGUAAGAUGUUAUGACCCCUAUGGACUCUGUUUGCCAUGGCAAGUGGUAUAUGUGGUGCUCCUUGUGAAUCAGAAUAUAGUUAGUAGUUAUUGAACCCAUCUCUUCUAAAUAAUUGUAUAUAGCUAGUAGCAUAUAUCCAAAGAAUACAGAAAAAACGUAAGUAAAUCCAGUAAUGAGGAAAAAAUUAAUAAAAGUCCAGUUAUGGCUCCCAAAGAAUUAUCUUAAGUUGUCCACUCCAUCACACGGAUCCACAAAUAUGUAAAAGAUAGGCGGAAAAAAAAGAAAAAGGGUAUCAGUAUACCAUUAACUGAAGUAUGAUAGUUAAAAAUACAUUUUAUUCCAUCAAUAUUAUAAAGUAUAUAAUAUUUUUUUUUCCUCCUAUCUUUUACAUAUUUGUGGAUCCGUGUGAUGGAGUGGACAACUUAAGAUAAUUCUUUGGGAGCCAUAACUGGACUUUUAUUCAUUUUUUCCUCAUUACUGGAUUUACUUACGUUUUUUCUGUAUUCUUUGGAUAUAUGCUACUAGCUAUAUACAAUUAUUUAGAAGAGAAGGGUUCAAUAGUUAUUUUGUGUUUUAUUGUAUAGGUUGUUAGGUUGCCUAUUUUCAUACCCUAUUCUCAUCUAUCUUUAUUCUCAAUCAGCGCUCCACUAUCAGCACUUUUUCUAUAGUUAGUAGUUAUUUGGUAUCGUGGAUGUGCUGCAGCUGCUGGAGACUGGAAGACCCUUACAUUGUGAACAUGUUGCGGCUGAGACCCUCACAUUGUGGACAUGUCACGUCUGCUGAGAGACCCUCACAUUGUGGACUUGCUGUGAUGGAUAUUGAGCAGCUCUGUAAGACCUGACUCGUAUAAUGAAUCCAUUCCAGGAAUGUGUCGCCUCAGCUUUUACUGCUGACCGGAGCCUGGGACCUUAAACUGAUACCUGCCUAUGUCUGGCAUGCUUUGCGUCAGCGGUUUCCAGGCUCUGGAGGUGGUAACUCAGGAAGCUGGCAUGGUGCCAGCUUUAACCUAUUCAAUACCUUGUGCCUCAGGUCAGUGAAUAUUGCUUGGGGUGCACACUGUUAUUUUCCUGCCAGACAGAGCCUGCCUCCGUAUAAAUAUUUCCUGAUUAGCACCAUACAUAGUUUUAUUAAAGCGACAUUGUAGGCACUGUAACUGUUUCAUUUCAUUGAAGUGGUUAUAGUGUCUUGACUCCCCUGACAAUGUUCUCACAUUCAGCAUUAAACCAUUUUAUAAUUCUUUAUUUUUGUUGUGCAUAUUAUAGGUAACAUCCGAACAGCUGCAGCGUAGUUUGAUCAACAUAAAACAUUUGCAUGGUUAAAACACACAUAGCAAUGAUUGUCUUGCACUUUUUAAUUGUUUGAGCGUGUAUGAGUUAGUGUCUCAGGGAUGGGUUGUAGAAGUGAUUGUAUGCGUGUAGUUUGAGAUUGCUUGGUCUUUAAUCUAGAUCGGUAUUAGGGAUGUGUCAGGUCGGGCUGUUCAGUGUGGUGCUGUCCUAUUGUAUGUAGGAGGGUGAACUAGCCAGCCAUAGGUGGUACCCCUUACCGUGGGGGCGGGGGGUGGGAGUGAGAGCUGGACGAUGUGGAGCCAUACAAUCAGCGCUCCACUAUCAGCACUUUUUCUAUAGUUAGUAGUUAUUUGGUAUCGUGGAGCAUUCACAAUGCUUUCCUAUGGACGCUGGCGUCUUCUCACUGUGAUUUUCACAGUGAGAAGCGCAGAAGCCCUCUAGUGGCUGUCAAUGAGACUAGAGACUGGAUUAACCCUAUUAUAAACAUAGCAGUUUCUCUGAAACUGCAAUGUUUAUAGAAAAAAGGGUUAAUCCUAGCUGGACCUGGCACCCAGACCACUUCAUUAAGCUGAAGUGGUCUCAGUGCUGUAUGGGUCUCCAUGCGGCUGGCCCUGUCCCCUCUUUUCCUCCUUGGCUGGUUUGAUGAAGCCAAUCCAAUGCUUUCCCAUAGGAAUGCAUUGGUUGGCUAUUGUGCAUGCGCAGCAAAACAGCGCCAAUCAACAUCUCCUAAUUGAGAUGCAAUGAAUCAAUGCAUCUCUAUGAGGAAAGUUCAGUUGCCUGGAAACACCUAUAGUAGCUGUCUGAGUGACUGCCACUAGAGGUGUUCCUUGACAACAAUGUAAACAUUGCCUUUUCACUGAAACGGCAGUCCUUACAUUAAAAAUCCUCCAGUGACAUAUUAUGCGCACCAGAACAACUACAUUAAACUGUAAUUGUGCUGGUGACUAUUAUGUCCCUUUUAAAGGGACACUAUAUCCACCAAAAACAACUUUAGCUAAAUGGAGUGGUUUUGAUGUUUAGAUCAUGCCCCUGCAAUCUCACUGCUCAAUUCCAUUUGGAAGUUAAAUCCCUUUAUUUAUGCAGCCCUGGUCACAGACUUACACAGCCUUCCUAAACACUUCAUGUAAAGAGAUCUAAUGUUUACAAUUAGAAUAUAUCUAAUAUUUACAAUUUAUUUAUUGCAAAGUCUGUUUCCUGAUCUCUUAAAGGACCACUAUAGUGCCAGGAAAACAUACUCGUUUUCCUGGCACUAUAGUGCCCUGAGGGUACCCCCACCCUCAGGGACCCCCUCCCGCCCGGCUCUGGAAGGGGGAAAGGGGUUAAAACUUAGCUUUUUCCAGCGCUGGGCGGGGAGCUCUCCUCCUCCGAUCCUCCUCUUCACCUCCCCCGAUCCUCCUCUUCACCUCCCCGUCGGCUGAAUGCACACGCUCGGCAAGAGCUGCGCGCGCAUUCAGCCGGUCACAUAGGAAAGCAUUAUCAAUGCUUUCCUAUGGACGCUUGCGUGCUCUCACUGUGAUUUUCACAGUGAGAAGCACGCAAGCGCCUCUAGCGGCUGUCAAUGAGACAGCCGCUAGAGGAAAUAGGGGGAGGCUUAACCCAUUCAUAAACAUAUAGCAGUUUCUCUGAAACUGCUAUGUUUAUGAAAAAAUGGGUUAACCCUAGCUGGACCAGGCACCCAGACCACCUCAUUAAGCUGAAGUGGUCUGGGUGCUUAGAGUGGUCCUUUAAUAGCCUGCUAGACCCUGCAGGAGCCGCUUGAGUGUGACCAAAGUUCACUUUGCAGAGCAGGGGUUAAAAACUUCUAAAGCACGUUAACAUCUGAAUGAAAUUGAACUUUUUUUUUGCGGCUUUGUGAGUCAGAGCCAGGGGAGGUGUGGCUAGAGCUACAUAAGCAGAGAAUUUAGCAAUGACGCCAGAGGGGUAUGAUCUAGGCACAGAAACGUUUUCAUUAAAGGUACACUUUAGUAACCAAAACAACUUCAUGUAAAUUAAUCUUAUGGUGCUUGAAGGCACUCGAACAGUUUAACCCCUAAGUUGCAUCCAGCCCCCCCACCCCCCCACACACUAAUCUGUCUUGGAAAAUGUAAAUUUCUUGAUGCAAGAGAGCCUCCAAGGGCCUCCUGGCACCAUAACAACUUAAUUAAGAUGAUGUUAUUUUGGUGCCUGAAGUGUCCUUUUAAGCAAAAGUUGUUUUGAUGCUAAGUAAAGGGCUUGGAAACACAGCCUCGGGGAAGUGCAGUUCACUCAAUCAGUCUUAUUGUCUGUCUUUGCAGUUCACUCAAUAUGUCUUUCUAGAACUCUGUGAUACGGCCCUUCCUUUCACGAUGGCUACAAUAAGCCGCUGGCCUAGUGAUUUCCCUGCCUUUAAUUAAGCCUGGAUUUAAAUUUGAUACGGUUAUCCCUGUAUGCCAAGCUAAUUGAUAUAUUCUGGAUAUUAAGAUCAUGUUGGAGCAAAGGAUGACUGCUGAGACUUUAUAAACUCAGCGACGUAAAUUUGGGGAGAUGAUUUGCCUUUUAGCAAUGAGAAGGAUUUUUGGUAUUGAAAACAAGGACUUGGAAUUCACUGCCUAGGGAGCUAGUGUUGGCAGACACACACAUUCCAGAAAGGAACUAACUAAUAGAAGUCUGCACUCGUUAAGGAGUUUAUGCUCUAACUAGUGAAUUGCUUUGAAAACUGUGUUGGCAAAAAUAAACGGACAUUGGACAAAGGUUAAAGCGGCAUUCCAUGCUACUUUGCACCCCAAAUUCCAGAGUGGGAACAAUUCUAUUUAAUUAUAUAUCAGAUUUCAGCUUUACAGUUUUAUGAUUUUACGAUAAUUCACUAUUUAGUGCAUGAACUCGUAAUCUAAAGACUGGUAGGAUUUAAACCCAGAUCAUUUUGUUUGUUUAAUUUGUUAGAAAGUAGCCAUUCCCUAUUAAGAUGUUGAGAUGCUACGGACUCAUUUGCUUUCCUGGGGUUAUUCUUGUUGUAAACAAUCACUAAGAUGUAAGGCGUCGAGUACGUGGCUGCAAAAAUCUGACUUUUCGUUGUUUUAAUGAGAGGCUUAGAGGGAACAGAGAGGUACAAGAUUUCCAAAGUAAUUCACAGGUGAAAAAUUGGUACUCCUGUCUAGUGUGUAUACCUUUUAAUAAAAAAAUUUAAGCCAGGCUCUCCCAUUUAAAGUGACAUGCUGUGCUAGAAGUAAUCACUUUUUAUGUAAUUAGUGCUUUAAAAUGUGCAAAGUAAAAAUGAAAUAAAUUGUAUACAUCAUUUUUUUUUUUUUUUUAAAUAAAAUUAAAAAUAACGCUGCAUUUUAUUGAAGAUGCUGCAGUUGUUACAAAUUCUGGGAGACCGGAGCCCCGUCAAUGCAGCUCCCCCCUAUUGUUUGGGGUAUAUCUUUUUUAAAUUCUGCCAGCAAUGCAUUAUGGGAUUUCCAAGUUCCAAGUAGCUGCAUCAAUGGGACACAGUCUGCAGCUGCCAUAAAAGUACAACGGGUUUGAAGCAUAACUUUUUGAGCUAUAGUUCCAGCAAGGUUUUCUUUCUUUUGUAUAUUUGUUUUUACAAAGUCUGCAGUGAUGUACAAAAAUUUUCUGGAAUAACCAUAACCUGUGCGAGAUGUAUAGGAAUGCCCAUAAUCUAAACUGUAUUGUAUUUGUUUUAUUGCGCAAUGGUUACAAUGUGCCAGUGAGAACGUCACACUGCAUGUUUGCAUGCUAUCCAGCCACAGACGGUUAACCUAAAGCCUGACUGUGCACAGUGGGGUAUGUAGUCUUCUAAUACCUAUAAUGCCAAGGUCAGCCGUGGCUCCGGUAAUGGAAAGGGUUAAGCCGAAUCAUUAGAACAUUCUUAUUGUUGAAGGGAAUAUUCUUUUUCUUGGCAUUACAGAGCAGCAUUUUGGCUCUUCCACUAAGAGUAAAUAUUGAGGCUUGGAGAGGUGAUCGCUCCUUGGUGCCUGUGCAUUUUUGCAAAACACCAUAACGAUCGUCACUUUUCCAUAUUGUUUUUUGACUAAAUCCUGUAUGAUUUUAUUUUUCCUUUCUCUUUCAAUCUCCCAGCACCUGCCCUUGUUUCCGAGAAAGGUAGGAGGCUUGGCUCCAGGCUAAAUUCCUGUUAGCUCUUCAUUCUAUACAGAUGUUUCUGCCAGGACAACUUUGUCAUUCCUCCAAAAUGUAAGAGGAAACCAGCCGAGUGCUGUUACCCUCGAGUCCCCAGAAUUAGGUGGUUACACCGAGCUCCACAUAGCCAAGCCUUUCUUGUGUUUUUGUACAUAUAGUCAAUCAGUAAUCAGAGAUUCUGCAAUCUUACUCCAGUUCAUCUUUGGUCACUUCUAUUUCAAUGUGUCCUUUAUGUGUCUUUUUCCUUGGACAAUAAAGACUGUGUUACAGAUAUGUGGUUAACCCCUUCAUUACCAUUGCAAAUGAGUGACCACUGGAACAUGUGUUUUUGAGUUCUUGAAAGUAGUGUUUACAUGUAUUUGAGCGAAUGGGGAGACUCACUGUAUAACUGCAGUGAUAAUACACAAUGUGUGGGGAGACAGGGACAGGGGAUCUCCUAACACCAUAACCUUAUAGCUGCAGUUAUAAUACACUGUGUGCGGGGAGAUAUGAGACCUCCUUACACCAUAACCUUAUAGCUGCAGUUAUAAUACAGUGUGUACGGGGAGACAGGGGACCUCUUUACGCCAUAACCUUAUAGCUGCAGUUAUAAUACACUGUGUGCUGGGAGACGGGGACCUCCUUACACCAUAACCUUAUAGCUGCCGUUAUAAUACACUGUGUGCAGGGAGACAGGGGACCUCCUUACACCAUAACCUUAUAGCUGCAGUUAUAAUACACUGUGUGCGGGGAGACAGGGGACCUCCUUACACCAUAACCUUAUAGCUGCAGUUAUAAUACACUGUGUGCAGGAGACAGGGGACCUCCUUACACCAUAACCUUAUAGCUGCAGUUAUAAUACACUGUGUGCGGGGAGACAGGGGACCUCCUUACACCAUAACCUUAUAGCUGCCGUUAUAUUACACUGUGUGCAGGGAGACAGGGGACCUCCUUACAGCAUAACCUUAUAGCUGCAGUUAUAAUACACUGUGUGGGGAGACAGGGGACCUCCUUACCCUAUAACCUAAUAGCUCCAGUUAUAAUACACUGUGUGCGGGGAGGCAGGGGACCUCCUUACACCAUAACCUUAUAGCUGCUGUUAUAAUACACUGUGCAGGGAGACAGGGGACCUCCUUACACCAUAACCUUAUAGCUGCAGUUAUAAUACACUGUGUGCGGGGAGACAGGGGACCUCCUUACACCAUAACCUUAUAGCUGCAGUUAUAAUACACUAUGUGCGGGGAGACAGGGGACCUUCUUACACCAUAACCUUAUAGCUGCAGUUAUAAUACACUGUGUGCUGGGAGACAGGGGACCUCCUUACACCAUAACCUUAUAGCUGCAGUUAUAAUACACUGUGUGCGGGGAGACAGGGGACCUCCUUACACCAUAACCUUAUAGCUGCAGUUAUAAUACACUGUGCGCGGGGAGACCGGGGAGCUCCUUACCACAUAAGCUUAUAGCUGCAGUUAUAAUACACUGUGUGUGGGGAGACAGGGUACUUCCUUAAAGCUGCAGUUAUAAUACACUGUGUGCGGAGAGAAAGGGGAUCUCCUUACACCAUAACCUUAUAGCUGCAGUUAUAAUACACUGUGCGCGGGGAGACAGGGGACCCCCUUACACCAUAACCUUAUAGCUGCAGUUAUAAUACACUGUGUGCAGGGACUUCCUUACACUGUGUGCAGGAAGACAGGGGACCUCCUUACACCAUAACCUUAUAGCUGCAAUUAUAAUACACUGUGUGCCUGGAGAAAGGGGACCUCCUUACACCAUAACCUCAUAGCUGCAGUUAUAAUACACUGUGUGCGGGGAGACAGGGGACCUCCUUUCACCAUAACCUUAUAGCUGCAGUUUAAAUGUGUGGGGAAUAAAACGAUUAAACAACCACUCUGGCCUCACAACCACUUCUUCUCUAUGAAGUGGUUAUGUAGCCUGAUGUCCUCAAGUGUUGAUUGACAUUACAGUGCUAAAGUCCUUUUAAACAGGUUUCCACCGGAGUGCUGUCCCUGGGCGCGGUCACCCUGCCUACUCAUUAUUUCCUUGGCUUUUUAGAAGUGGUGAUUUGGGUGGUCAGUGAUUUGUUGUUAAAUCAUUUGAAGACACAAAUCCCCAUACUUGUUCCUGGCAGAAGAAGUGUGUGUGUGUGUGUGUGUAUAUAUAUUUUUUUUUUUAUUGCAUUGAAUCAAUUCUUUCCUACGGGGACUUCCACGUCACGUGGCUGAGUUUUACUCUGUCAGGAAGACAGCCACUAGAAGUGGCUCUAAUCAUCCAAUGUAGAUUUUGCCGUUUCUUCUACAUGACAGGGUUAAAAGGACUUUGAGAUGAAGUUAGCUGGGUGAAUUUAGUGGUUCUUUAACUUUACUCUACAACAGGCCAGCGGGCCGGAUCCAGCCCGCCAGAGUCCUGAACUCGGCCCAAGCAUUUAAGGCUACCCGAUGGGCCCUAUAACUGCAGGGACCCGGUCAGCGCUGCGGCCGUGCAAUAGCGGGACAGUGCCCCUUUAGAAAAUUGCAGCCGCAAAGUAGUGCUGGGAGAUAGUGACGGCUGGUCACUUCCUCGUAGUUCACGGCAGGAGCGAAGAAAGACAGGCCGCGAGGAUGGAAGAUCCACGCCGACUCCCAUCAGCCACCCUCCUGCAAAAAAAAAGGUAAGACAAAUUAGCUGUGUGUGUGUGUCUAUCUGUAUGUAUGUAUGUAUGUAUGUAUGUAUGUAUGUCUGUGUAUCUUUCUGUGUAUGUAUAUAUGUCAGUAUGUGUUUGUAUGUAUGUAUGUCUGUCUGUAUGUUUGUCAGUAUAUGUCUGUCUGUGUGUGUAUGUAUGUCUAUGUAUGUCUGUGUGUAUGUAUUUCAGUAUGUAUAUCAGUCUGUGUGUUUGUAUGUGUAUGUAUUUCAAUAUGUAUGUCUGUGUGUAUGUCUGUGUGUGUGUGUGUCAGUGUAUGUCUGUCUGUCUGUCUAUAUCUGUGUGUUUCAGUGUGUAUAGGAAUUCGUUCAAAUUUUUUCCAAACUAUAGUCUGGCCCCCAACAGUGUCUGAGGGACAGUGAACUGGCCCCGUGUUUCAAAAGUUGAAGGACCCCUGCUCUGCAUGAUGUGACUUUUUUUUACUGUUACAAUUUUUCGGCUAUGCAGCAUUUAGACUUUUUAUGCAAAUCCAUCUCCUGCUAAGUUCCUUGUAUUUGAAAUGAUGGGAGGUUAAUUAGCAUAAAAAAUCAUAAUGCUGCAUAGAAUCUGAUGUUUGACAGAACCGAAUAGGUUUUAUUAAUUUUCUACAAAUUGCUGUUUGUUUUCAUUAAUAUGGUGGAGUGGACCUCUUGCCUUUAAAUUGCGAAAAACUAAACACCAUUUUUAUCAGUCUGUCUUCUGUGCGCAGAAAUAACAUGUUCCUUGAUCAUCCAACGAAACUGGCCAUUGCUGAGCCGAUACUUUGUGCUCCAAAGCUGAGCUUGUCAACUUAUAUUUAUCUAGUCUCUUUGCACAAUAACCACUCUUGUACUUUAUCCAACUGCGCACAUCUCUGGCGCUUACAAUGUUAAGGAUCCGGCACCCUCUGCUGUGCCUGGUGGGGAAGUCAGUCUCUCUGUGCGUGUGAAUGUGUGAGGAGAGUUGGAAUGGUUGGACGUCACCAGUGAAUGGUUCCCAGCUGCUGACAAUGAGUAGAGGAGCAAGCAGCCAGCUCGAUGGCCGUCCAGCUCCCCCUUCCAGGACUCGCACUGCUCGCAGCAAGGCGUCCAGCCGACCUCAUCACGGAUGGGAGUUUUGGCAUCAGAUAAAAGACAAAUCAGAUUUCCUUUCUGCCUUUAACAACGGGAGAAAAAUGAUGUUUUGGAGAUGUAAACAUCCCGUGAGUUAGGUAAACACGUUGCUGUAAUCGCUUUAGGAUGUGCACGUGGAUAGCACAGGAGGCUUCGGGGGGGUUUGUACCCACUCCUGUUUUUGUGUAAUGGGAUGGGGCUGAUUUACUCCCCUGUUUCUCAUGUUUUGCGUUUGAACAUAUACUGCCUGCGUACCCAAAACAGCUGGAUUUGGUGACUCAUUGGGACAUAUAUUUUUAUUCAUUCUAUUCCCUGCCCCCAGUCCAUCUCUAUCUUUGUUUUAUGACACUUGGCCCACUCCAGACAUUUCUUCCUCGUGUAUGUGGAAUCUCACUCCAUGCACUUGUCAAACUGUAUUAAAAAUGAGCAGUACCGUGUACCGAUCGGGAACUCAUAAUAAACAGCAGGAUAAAUUUCCUGCAUUGCAGCAGAGGGCGAAAAAUGUUUGCAAAAUGAGUCAUUUUUACUCAGCUACAGCACUUACAUGUACAUUUAGUGAGUAACGAUAUAACUCCGCUAUAUACUUCAGGGCCAGCCGUGCCAUGUACCCCAUAUCAGAGAGGAUUGACCCUUAAAAUGCUUUUUAUGGGGCCUUGCAUUGUCUCCUUUAGUUCCUCUGAAAUACUGCUUCCCUUAGGGUUGAGAAAGUAUAUGGGCUAAGGUAUAGUAGAGAAGGCCAGACGCUAGACCCCUGACUUGCAGCUUAUUGAAAGGGUGGGCUACUAAAACCUCAGCAAUGAAGGGGGAAAAAAGCAUCCAAGUUUCUGGGAAAACAAAUUUCACUACUUUAUUCGUAGGAUGUCUGCAGCUCCAAUACUGCCCAUUGAAGUCUUUGAUGCAGUGCUGGCUUUCGGCAGGGUCACCGGAGAUUUUUCUGGGUCACCCUGCACCUGGAGCCCCGAUGCUCUCAGGAAAUGACUCCAGAGCAGGGAAUAUGAGCCAAGAACAGUAUCCCAGAUGGCCGAUUCAUGCAGGUGCCUUGUUCAUUAACAGCACUGGCUUCCCUUUUCCCCUAAGGUGCCUUAAUUUCGGCAGCUGUGAGGGAUUUGCUGGCAAGUCCCAGUGAUUGAGAAAGUAUUGUUGAGCUGAUGAUAUUGUGUGGAUCCCUGGACUGCGUGAAAGGGACAGCAUUGGGAGGCAAAGACUGAAUGCACAAUCUGACCUUGGCUUCUGUCAAUGAAGCCGAACACCCGGGGUAACGCUGGGAUUUGUGUCCUGCGCAGAGUGGGUGAACUUUAUUUUCUGUAAUUGGUAGCGUGUGGUUUUAUAAACAUAUUAGAGUGAAGAAGGGCUGCUAUAAAUGUUUUGCUCUUCGAUAAGAUUUGAACAAGAUAAAACUCUGUCCUGCAGGCCACUCUGAUCGGCUGGUACAGCCCACUGGUUUCCAUGGCAACUGCUCCACUUUUACAACUUUGACACAAUGCACCAACUGGAGUGCAUGUUCACAAAUCAGGAUCACGGAUUAGCUCUAAUUCAUGUUUCUGAGGUUGAUAAAGUUGGUUCCAUUGAGGUUGGCAGCUGAUUAAUAGUGUGCACUUAGCAUCUGGAGUCCUCGUAGGAGAAAUCACUAUAUAGAUUGUCUUCUCUGUGAUGUGAAAUUUACCUUUAAUCACUCACUUGUAACACGCUUUAGAAGAAGAGUAAAAAAUACAGAUUUGUUUUUACUGUAAAAUAUAUAGAAUGGCUACCUUUUAUACUACAUUUCUUCCUGUCCCCCUUCUGUAAAGCUGUGGUCUUUCAUCUCUGACCCCUCUUUACACACUGUUUUUCUUUCCAGGCAUUCGUUUCGAGGUCUUUGGGUGAGGCUGUGGGGUCCCCCAAACAAACAUCAGAAAGUCUAACUCUUAUGGGCUUUGUGCCUGGAGAGGUUACUGGUCCCUGUGUGCAGAAUUUUAUAGACCUGCGUUUAGCCAGGUGUUAAACACACUUAUUAUUACUAGGUAUAUUGAACUCCAUAUUGUUUAAAAGGAGGGGAAGACAUUUUGUGUCUCAGUAUUCCUAUCUAGUACUUUGUCCUUAGGUGACUGUGUUAACAUGGCUGUGCAACAUUUUUAUCUUUUCCUCUCUUGCACCUUAGCUGUGAAACAGUUUAUUUAUCUGAAUCCUUUUAAAGGCUAACCGUUAUCUGUCACUUUCACUGACUGUAUAUCAGCAGACAUAUUUAAUUGCAUACCUCCCAAGUGUCCCUAUUUUGGGCUCAAAUCCCUCUGUCCCUCUUUUGUAGGAGCUCAAUAUUUUUGGUGUGUCUCGAGUAUUAUUUCUGUGGAGCUCUGUUAUACAGAGUAAUGUCAGAGUGUAUAACAGAGCUCCACAAUAAUAACACUCCCAGUAAUGUGACUGUAUAACAGAGCUCCACAGCAAUAUAAUACUCCCAGUAAUGUGUCUGAGUGUAUAAAAGAGCUCCACAGCAAUAUAAUACUCCCAGUAAUGUGUCUGAGUGUAUAACAGAGCUCCAUGGCAAUAAUACUCCCAGUAAUGUGUCUUUAAACUACAAUAAAUGUGUUGAGAAAUCAGUCUGUGUAAAUAAGAUACAUUGUUAUAAGUUACAUUUUAGUUCUAGAAAUUAUUAGCCAGUCAGAACAGCCCCGCUCCUGGCCACAGUGCUAAAAUUAAAGUGUUCCUCUGUGCACUGCAAAUGUUGGGAGUUGUGUAAUAAUUGUGUGAUCUUACAUUUUUUUUUUUUAUGACAAGGCAAACCGAGACUUUCACUAUCAUCCUUUUGACUGGCAUGUUGUGUCCAUUCUUAUUUCCAAGGAUAAUGUGUUUUGUGGUUCGGACUGUUUGUGGUGGUAGUGAGCAUUACUUGCUAUGGUGCAGUUUGAGGCUUGUUUUGGAAAGGUUUCUCCUGUAAUCCCAUGCUAUAGACCAGGCAGUGCUGUCCCCCCUCCUACCCCCAUGCUGAUGAAAUGCAACUCCCAUUACUCUCUGGCCAGCUGUUGGGUGCCAGUGUUUGAGAUCCUUGCUACAGAUCCUUUAGACACCACAAGGAUUUAAACAAAGUAAUGUGUAAAGUAAAAUCUCAUGCUGUAUGUAUAGACCUCACAGUGGAUGAUAAACAUAACCAUAUCCAUUUAUCUCUGCAAUUGGCUGAGUGAGGGACGGUUCUUUUCCUUCGUGGCUAGUGGAGUGAGUGAUUGUGACAUUGUGUACAGAACGUAUUCAUCAAAUUAAAGACUUAGCUCUGUGAUUCUUCGAGGAGGGAAUUCUUGCUGUUUAACCCUCCUCUGAGCUUUUCUGGGAAGAGGAGCCAUGUUCUCCCUAAUUCAGGCACCACAUGUGGCUAGUCACAUUCCCACGCUCCCAGUCAGCACAAGUGCCCUCACCUACAGCCGAUUCCCUUCAGCCCCUGCAGUGGCUUCGCACGACCUUUCACGGCCCUUGGGGAAGCUGUGGAUAAAAUAAGAAUCCGUUUCCUAUUGCAAGUACAAAUUUAGAAAGGCUGAGCCCCUGGUCGGACAAAUCCGCACCUGGCAUUUUUUUUUUGUAGAGAUCUACAGGUGGCCCUCGGGGCCGGUCCCUGGACCACUCAUUUGUUGCACUCACAUUUAAUGGAGCUGGGAAAUUGUAUGUAUUGCUUGAGGAGCAGAAUCGGCAACAUGAAAGAAGCUCUCUAUUAUUGUAGUUGCCGUUAUUCCGGUUAUUUUUACAUGUUCUUGAAAUAAAACCUGAUUCCGUAUUUAUUGUCAUUAGUCCUAUCACAAUAAAAUCUCCCGGAGUGCGCCCUCUAAGCAGCAGUAAAAGCAGAUCUGUUACUUUCCCUAUGUCCCACCUAAGUUAUUGCCUUUUAAGCUUUAGCUGGAGGAGUAGUGUUGCGGGGGAAAUAUUAUUUUGACUGCAUUGAAAUGUAAAUUUAUAUAAAAUUCCAAUGCAGUCAAUAUAAGAGAUUCUACCGUUCUGAAAAGUGUCAGCGUCAUUAAGUGUGUAAGAAUAAAAAGAAACCUUUACAUUAAGCUUCAUUUUGCGUAGUGUGUUUACAUACAGAUGUGUAUUACACGUCUGCAGAUGCAGCCAAAUUGUGCUUCGGUUUAUACGUUUAUAAGCUGCCCAGCUCUGAGACAUUCCAAGUGCGCCACUUGGUGGAAGAUGGAAGAACUGCCCCUUCAAGCUGUUGCCUUUUUAGUUCUUUUGAAACUGUUGAAUAUUUUGAGCUAAGUUGGUUACUGUUUGUAAUGGUGAUAGACUGCAUAUGGUUUUGAUUAUGAAGUUUAUUGGCGUUAAGGGGGGGGGGGAGUGAUACAUAUAAUUUUGCCUAUGUGACGCAGGUUGGUGACAGAGCCUGAAUUUGCCGAAUGGAGAGAGACUAGUUUAGUGUAUCAUAGUCAAACUUAAAUCCUUUACUGCUCCAAAGUAAAAUACAAUGAAUUCCAUAGGAAUUGGGAUAGAUCGGCUGCCAAUUGUCUUUGUUUUCUGUCAAAUGAAAGAGAAAAAUCUUUUGUUGUGUCUGAACGUGUACGGUUUGUGAAUUAACAUGUCUCUUACAUGAGCUAUUCCAGCUACAUAAAGAACAGUGAGCAUCAAACUGUCACAUUGACCAUAAUAAACCACAGUAGGUAUUUGAAGAUAAAAAGCUAUUUUUCAUUUAGCGUUUUGUAAGUGUAUCCCUUACAUGGUAAUCUCUGGUAAUCUGUGCAACAAAACCCACUAAUCAAGUGUUGGUUGAGACCUGAGAAAUUGGGGCAAAAGCACACAUAACUCUUUGACAUGCUACUGGUUUAGGUGCUCUGUUAAUGGGGGGAGCCCCUCUGGUAACAUGUGACCUCUCGGCACAUUUACAGUUCAAGGAAAAGGACUGAUUCUCUGUGCGGACUUUUCUUCAUUGGCCCACAGCCAAUGUAUGCAGUAUAACAAACCCAGAUAUCCGGGUAAGAAUCCUCCUAGAGAGAGCAUGUGAUGGAGAGGCCUGGGUAGCCAGGAGAUCGGGCCUUCUGCUCCCCUUCUAGCCCUGCUAAACCAUUAGAGAAAGAUGGGCUACUAAGAUUGGAAUCCUCGUUACUAAUUGCAUUCCGUAUGACCCUUCUUAGAACAUGUGGUCCGUGCAGAACUGGUGUGUCACUCUUGCUGUGAUUGUGGUCUAUCAGUAGUGUUCAGUUUGUCUAACAAUGUCCUUUCCCAUUGUAUAUCAGACUGUGCCAAACCACUUGUUUAAUAGAGACCAAAGCUUAUUCUGAGCAUUAUCCUUCCCAACAUAUAUUACAACAUGCUGCAGUAGGAGACCCUUGUAGUUCUGUGAUGAUUGGCGUGCUAUUAUUUUGCUUAACUGUGAGCUAAUUCACUCUAUUUUUGUCUGCCCCAUGCAAUACAAUGCCUUUCUAAUAAUUAUAAAUCUGUUUCGGAAUCUAUUUUGUAUCAAUGUAAACAUAACAUAUGAUGUGGUGUCACUCUGGACUCAUGUCAGUAACCUGUUUUCUCUCUGUCACAGAGUGACCAGCAGCUGGACUGUGCCUUGGAUCUGAUGAGGCGUCUCCCUCCACAACAAAUAGAGAAGAACCUUAGUGACCUCAUUGACUUGGUAAGAGUUCCCCCUCACUGCUCCCCAAUGGGCCCCAGUGCCCCCCUACCCAUGCUUGCAGCAUUAAAUUUAUUAUUUUUUUUUAAUUCUGGGAAUUGGAGGAAUGCAGAGCAACGUGCAUUUAGUGAUGCGUGAAAAGUCUAUGUUCCAUGUAUUAUCUCCUAAUCCAAGCUGAUUUGCCCUCAUUAGCAAAGCAAGCCUCAUCCCUGUCCAGUUCUUGGCGCCGCUGAGCUGCUAAUUAGAACACAUUACGAGUCCCGUCAGUCACCCUCACAGUGCGCCAGGGAGAAAGAAAAACGAAGCUAAGUCGCUCAUUGAUACAUCAUUCGUAGGAAUCGGGAACCUUAUCAUCCUGGCAAUCAACCAGAGGAACCAGACGUCCUGUAUCCCAGCGGCGUCGAGCUUUAUUUAAUUCAUUGUUUCAAUUGCUGUCUCUGCCCAUCUUAAAUAAUUACCUGUACAGCAGGUACUACACAAUUUAUCCCUCUAAUGUACAAACACCCUAUCUCUAAACCAAAAUUAUUUGCUAUAGGUCUGACACAGAACUUCCCCAUCAUCCUUGACAUUGCUAACACACUGCCCCGAUACUCAGUGUAUCUGCUACACAUGUAGUAACUAUUGCGUAUUGUUAAACAGAGUUUACUAAAUACAUGCUGUUUAUCCUUUGGCAGCCUUUAAAGGACCACUCGUUUUCCUAGCACUAUAGUGUCCUGAGGGUGCCCCCACCCUCAGGGUCCCACUCCCGCCCGGCUCUGGAAGGGGGAAAGGGGUUAAAACUUACCUUUUUCCAGCGCUGGGCGGGGAGCUCUCCUCCUCUUCUCCUCCCCGUCGGCUGAAUGCGCACGCGCGGCAAGAGCUGUGCGCGCAUUCAGCCGGUCACAUAGGAAAGUAUUCAUAAUGCUUUCCUAUGGACUCUUGCAUGCACUCACUGUGAAAAUCACAGUGAGAAGCACGCAAGCGCCUCUAGUGGCUGUCAAUGAGACAGCCACUAGAGGAAAUAGGGGAAGGCUUAACCCAUUCAUAAACAUAGCAGUUUCUCUGAAACUGCUGUAUUUUAUGAAAAAAAAUGAGUUAAAGGACACUCUAGGCACGGAACCACUUCAGUUUAAUGGGGGUGGUCUGGAGUCACCAGGUCCUUCUAGGGUUAACCCAUUUUUCAUAAUUAUAGCAGUUUCAGAGAAACUGCUAUGAGUAUGAAUGGGUUAAACCUUCCCUAAUCUCUAGUAGCUUGUCUCGGUGACAGCCGCACAAACGGCAGCGAUAUAAAUUUUCUGAAAACUGCCACUCCAGCGUCCAUAGGCAUUGUAAACUCUUUCUAUCGCGACGAAUGAAUCUUGUAGCUCAGCAUAACGGCGUGCGCAUUCAGCGGCGGAAUAGCAGGCCCGGAGAGGAGGAAAACUCUCCGGCCCGGCGCUGGAAAAAACAGUUUACCCCUCCCCUUUCAAACUUUGGCGAAAAUCCCUGAAGUGAGAACUCAGGAACACCUAGUACUGAAACGGUAUGUCCCUCAACUAUAUAGUGGUCCUUUAACCCUAGAAGGACCUGGCACCCAGACCACUUCAUUAAGCUGAAGUGGUCUGGGUGCCUAGAGUGGUCCUUUAAAGAUGGCAUUCCUCAGAUUAUCUCAAACUCUGUGCAGGGUACAGUCCCCUCUGGUACCUGCAUAUAUUAUAGGGGUACAGCCCCCUCUGGUACCUGCAUAUAUUAUAGGGGUACAGUCCCCUCUGGUAUUUCUAUAUAUUAUCUGGGUAGAUUCACCCUCUGGUAUCUCUAUAUAUUAUCAGGAUACAGUCCUCUCUGGUACCUGUAUAUAUGAUAAGUGUACAGUCCCCUCUGGUACCAAUUUGUAUUAUAGUGGCAUCUCCCUGGCCUAUUAUUUCCAAGCUGUUGAUGUACCCCCCCAUUGCCCCCUCUUCCUCAGAGUGAGGCCAUCAGGAUAGUGUGCAGUUAGGUCUUUAAGGUGAGAUUAGACUUGCUCCCGAAUAGAGUCCUAAAUGGUGUAGGAGGGGAGCCUAAAUAAUGAGUGUGGAAGAAUGAAAGGAAUUACUGAGAGCAUGUCGUAACCUGAUCCGCAGGCCUGAUCUCCACUUCCCACCUGUCAGCCCGUGACCUGCUUGUUGUGUCCAUUUCCCUCCUGGUUUGUAUCCCAGCUGGCCACCUCUCCAGGUUUCUGGUUUCCCGGCAGACAAAGAGAUCUAGUCUUGUAUCUGGAGUUUGGAAGUGGUUAAGUUUAAUUAAGUUUGUACUGAUACCAGGCAGAGUGCUGGCGGGGGGAGCCAUAGCUCCAUUCUUGACAAGAGCAACCUUGUUCUACUGACUACUAUCGGAAUCUCAUUAACUGCCUUCAAUUUGUCUUAUUUUUCUGUUCUCAUUCUUAGAAUGCCCCCUUAAGAUUUCAAGCUUCCAUUAUAUCCUCCCCUCUAUUCCCCACACCACCACCACCAUUACAAAAAAAACCCUUUUCUUCGUGCCUUCAUUAUAGCCUUGCUCACGUGAUCCCCAGCCGGGGAUUAUCCUGUGCACUCAGAACACAAUGUGUCCGUUAACGGUAACACCACAUGACCACUCAGCUUCACCAAGAUGUGAAUUUAACCGCUGCACUGUGAUCUCUAAAUUAGGCAUUAAAUGGUGAUUCAAUGCUGGCACAACACAAGUGGAAGAUUCUUCAAAAUCCAUUAAUCAUAGGAAUAGGUUUUAUUUUUUGGGAGGAAGUGUUUUUUUUUUGGUUGGUUUAUUUGUUUUACAUAGUCAGUGAAAGAAAGUCGCCUGAUCCCCUAUAUUAAAAGUAUGAGAGUCCCCAAAGGUAUCAUGAUAAAAAAUCUUUACUCUGCAUUUUCAUUCAUGUUUCGACUCGUUAUAUCUUAUGUGAGUGUGUCUAAUGAAGUCUUUAUAAUCUGUAUGCACUGUGCAGUGUAUAUAUAAUUAUUGACGUAUGGAACCAGGAAAGGUGCAUCAGCCAGUUUAUUGUACACAUGACUUUAUGCUUGAGGUCACAUGUGCUUAGCGUGUUUUACGUUUGCAUAGCAUUUCAUCACAGUAUAUUUGGGUGAUUCUGGUGACUUUAGGGAAUGCCCAGAUAAAGCUACACAUGGCACAGUUAUUAAUGCCUUUUUCUUCACAGGUGCCAAGCUUAUGUGAAGAUCUCUUGUCCUCUGUGGAUCAGCCUCUGAAAAUUGCACGAGACAAAGUGGUAGGAAAGGAUUAUUUGCUGUGUGAUUACAACAGAGAUGGCGACUCCUACAGGUGAGAAUUACAAGUGCUGCAGAUGGAAGCAUUGAAGGAGAGCCUGAGCAAUUCUCUUUAUGAUGGGAUAACCUGUCCACCAGAGACUAAUACAGCCCCUUUUUGGAGUGGUCUUUCUUCUACUUUAAUAAAUGAUGCUGCCGCUCUGUGCAAUCAGUGAAAUUCAUUAGACAAUAACCCGGCUAUGAACUGAAUGGGGUCACCACCCCUCUGACAGAAUCUUUAUGAAAUACUCAUUUUGAAUGUAUUGGAAUUUUACUGAUAUUCCAACCCAGUCAAGAGAUAUACUGAGACUACUUUGUCUCUGACACUUCUAGACACUGGGCGAAGCUACAACCUUCUAAAAGUGUUGAUCCCCCAGCCGGGAAUUGGCUUUGUCUGUGAAGGAUCCUUCUGGAUUCUCCAUAGACUUGAGUGAUGUAGUCUUGCACGUGCGCAAGUGUACAGCAAUGGCAUUGACUUCUGCCAUGCCAGGAACUGAAUAGGACCCACUGGAGGAAGAUGGUAGUGUUCACGAGGGACAGGUAAACUCCCCUUUACCACGCAAAGACUCCAGACGGUGACGGUACCACUUUACUUUUUAUAUUAUUAAAAUGUUUCUUUUUAAAGGAACACUAUAGGGUCAGGAACACAAACAUGUAUUUCUGACACUAUAGUGUUUAACCCACCAUUUAGGUGGCUUCCUCCCCCCGCCCCCCCAGCCCCUGUAUAAAAGUUUGAAACUCACCUUAUUUCCAGCGCUGCGCUGGUCCGCCGAUGUGACAUCAAAAUGGCCGAUUUUUAACCAAUCCAAUGCUUUCCUAUAAGGAAAGCAUUGGGUUGGCUAAAAUCGGCACGGAAGCGGCACCAAGUGCCGUUUUGGCCAAUCAGGACCUCCUCAUAGAGGUGCAUUGAAUCAGUGCAUCUCUAUGAGGAAAAUUCUGCGUCUCCAUGCAGAGCGUGGGGACGCUGAACGUCAGGGCUGCUUUUUUGGCAGCACUGACCCACGAAGCACCUCCAGUGGCCAUCUAAGGAGUGGCCACUUGGAUGUGUCCCUAUAAGCAAUGUAAACACUGCCUUUUCUCGCAGUGUUUGCAUGAAAAAAAAAAAGCCUAUUAUACUCACCAGAACAAAUACAUUAAGCUAUAGUUGUUCUGGUGACUAUAGUGUCCUUUAAGGUAACAUACAUUUGUGCAAAUAGUAGUCAUGAGAGCAAAUUCUAAGAUAUCCAUAUGCUCUUUAGAUAAAAUGUCAGAAUCUUUACAACAUAAAUAAUUUGCUGCAGAUUCAGAUGUGCCACAUGAUAUCCGAAUCAGUACCUUGCCCGCAGUUUGUACAGAGAUUUCUCUGCCCUGUUAAAGCUUCCUGAUUCUCUCUCCUUUCUCAGGUCACCGUGGAGUAAUAAGUAUGAUCCGCCCUUGGAAGAUGGCGCCAUGCCGUCUGCUCGUUUGCGGAAGCUGGAAGUGGAAGCCAACAACGCCUUUGAUCAGUACAGAGACCUGUGAGUAAUCCUUUCUGUGUAUCUAGACGGUGCAGGGUUUUAGUGAAAAAGAUGCGGGUGACACACUAUCCUAAAGCAAGCUGUUUAGGUGGGUUGUUGAUUGUAUUCAGAUCUUUAAUUUACUUUGAGAAAACUAAAGAGGAUCAUGGUUUGGUGUCCUAAUGAGGUAAUUGCACAGCCUGCCCUGGUAUUCUUUUCAUCCUUUAAAGGUUAGGCAAGUAUUCCAUCGGCCACCAGAGCAGAAUGUGAGUGUUCGAUGAGGAGGAAGGAUUGGGUCAUGGUCUGGAUCUGCUGCUCUGGUUUCCUUGGUAGAUCACAACCUGUGACUGAUUUGGUCCACAGUAAAUGCAUGGAACAGAAAAUGUGUGGGGUGAGGUGCCUACACAACUUCCUCCUUCUUUCCCCUGAACUUUUUUUUAUAAGAAGGAUGCAGAUUAAUAUAGUAAAGGUCCAAAAUGUAUGUAUACAAUGAUAGAAGGGUCUGCUUCAUCACUUACCUAUAACAUGAUUGGAGUUUCCAUUGAUCUGUGAAAUAAUUGUACAAAAUGACUUGCGCCUGUAUUACCAGUGCCUCAAAAAUAAGAGUUAAAACUAUGUAACGGAUUCCAACGCUGCUACAUGUCGAUGAGAGCUGAUCUUAGUAUGGUUAUCCGGACCUUUAUAGCAAAGUGACCAGAUGAGCACAGUGAUGGAGAGACGGUGCUUCUUUACAAAUAUCCCAGGAUGUGAAUACGCUAUCUCUGGGUCUGUAUUUAGAGGACAGGAUGAGACUGAUUCUGCUCGGUGUGAGCCUUGAGACAGACUGUCAUGCUCAUGUUUAUUGCAGGGUUCUUCAGUUGUGUUCAGAUUUACAGAUGUUCACUUGGAUAUUCUCUUACAUGGGAACUUGGCACUCAGACCUCGGAAGCAGCACCUGUGCAGUCCGAUACAUGCUCACUGUUUGCUGGCACUAUUAUGGGGCAACAAAGUAAUUAUGUGGUUAGGAGUAGCUGUGCCAAGCUGAGGUCGGUAUUGACCUUCCCUGGCGGCUAUUGCAUGGAAACGGUGACCAGAGCACCGUGUGAGUUAGAGCAUCAGUCAGACUCCCGUCGCUGUCUGUCUCCAUGAUAAAACGUUUAUUGUCUUGAGUUAGCAGAUGUCUGACAUAGGCUUUCCUCUCUUGUGGUUUUAGGCUGCAUUGUGAGCGAUUUUCUUCCUCCUCUCUAUUCGUCAUAAACUACUAUUUAGGGAAUGGUUUUCACCUUUCUUCUCCAAGGAGGAUGAAUGAUGUACUGAAUGUAAAAUGUCCCGGGUAUCCCAGCUGCUCUCUCUGUAUUAGAGCAGCUAAUAGUGGAGCAUAGCCCCGUCUGCAGGCAGCAAAGACAACAUUGAUAUGGGCUGUCAGUACUGCUGUAAUCUGUAAUCCAUGAUCUAGCAUAAUAUGUUAACAUUGUACAACAAAGAAGUCUUGUGGAAACACAUGUGCAACAUGUCAGACACUGGCCUCGUCUCUGUAAACCAGGAGUAGGCAACCUUCGGCACUCCACAUGUAUCUCCCAUGAUGUUUUGCCAGCAUUCUGGCUGUAAGAGCAUUAUGGGAGUUGUAGUCUACAGACUGCCAAAGGAUGCCUACCUCGAUCCCUCUGCCUCUCUCUCCCAGUGGCCUUGAUCCCUCAGCCUCUCUCUAUCCCCCGUGGCCUCGAUCCCUCAGCCUCUCUCUUUCCCCCAUGGCCUUGAUCCCUCAGCCUCUCUCUUUCCCCCAUGGCCUCCAUUCCUUUGCCUUUCUCUUUCCCCCAGUGGCCUCCAUUCCUUUGCCUUUCUCUUUCCCCCAGUGGCCUUCAUUCCUUUGCCUCUCUCUUUCCCCCAGUGGCCUUCAUUCAGUUGCCUCUCUCUUUCCCCCAGUGGCCUCCAUUCCUCUGCCUCUCUCUUUCCCCCAGUGGCCUCCAUUCCUCUGCCUCUCUCUUUCCCCCAGUGGCCUCCAUUCCUCUGCCUCUCUCUUUCCCCCAGUGGCCUCGAUUCCUCUGCGCCUCUCUUUCCCCCAUGGCCUUGAUUCCUCAGCCUCUCUUUCCCCCGUGGCCUCCAUUCCUUUGCCUCUCUCUUUCUCCCCGUGGCCUCCAUUCCUUUGCCUCUCUCUUUCCCCCAGUGGCCUCCAUUCCUUUGCCUCUCUCUUUCCCCCCGUGGCCUCCAUUCCUCUGCCUCUCUCUUUCCCCCAGUGGCCUCCAUUCCUCUGCCUCUCUCUUUCCCCCAGUGGCCUCCAUUCCUCUGCCUCUCUCUUUCCCCCAGUGGCCUCCAUUCCUCUGCCUCUCUCUUUCCCCCAGUGGCCUCCAUUCCUCUGCCUCUCUCUUUCCCCCAGUGGCCUCGAUUCCUCUGCCCCUCUCUUUCCCCCAGUGGCCUCGAUUCCUCUGCGCCUCUCUUUCCCCCAGUGGCCUCGAUUCCUCUGCCUCUCUCUUUCCCCCAGUGGCCUCGAUUCCUCUGCGCCUCUCUUUCCCCCAGUGGCCUCGAUUCCUCUGCGCCUCUCUUUCCCCCAGUGGCCUCGAUUCCUCUGCGCCUCUCUUUCCCCCAGUGGCUUCGAUUCCUCUGCGCCUCUCUUUCCCCCAGUGGCCUCGAUUCCUCUGCGCCUCUCUUUCCCCCAGUGGCCUCGAUUCCUCUGCGCCUCUCUUUCCCCCACUGGCCUCGAUUCCUCUGCGCCUCUCUUUCCCCCAGUGGCCUCGAUUCCUCUGCGCCUCUCUUUCCCCCAGUGGCCUCGAUUCCUCUGCCUCUCUCUUUCCCCCAGUGGCCUCGAUUCCUCUGCGCCUCUCUUUCCCCCAGUGGCCUCGAUUCCUCUGCGCCUCUCUUUCCCCCAGUGGCCUCGAUUCCUCUGCGCCUCUCUUUCCCCAGUGGCCUCGAUUCCUCUGGCCUCUCUUUCCCCCAGUGGCCUCGAUUCCUCUGCGCCUCUCUUUCCCCCAGUGGCCUCGAUUCCUCUGCGCCUCUCUUUCCCCCAGUGGCCUCGAUUCCUCUGCGCCUCUCUUUCCCCCAGUGGCCUCGAUUCCUCUGCGCCUCUCUUUCCCCCAGUGGCUUCGAUUCCUCUGCGCCUCUCUUUCCCCCAGUGGCCUCGAUUCCUCUGCGCCUCUCUUUCCCCCAGUGGCCUCGAUUCCUCUGCGCCUCUCUACCCCAGUGGUCUUGAUCCCUCUGCCUCUGUCUCCCCCCUCACCAACCACACUCCUUGCUUGCAAUUAUCCUUUACAAACAAGAUCAUGUUCGUAUAAUAAAAUGUGUUUGUAAUCCUAUUGUACAGUGCUAUUGAUAUUAUACAGGCAAGUGAACCUAAAUCAGGUUAAUUGAUCUGUUUACAUAAUACUGAUAGACUGACAGCAGUGCAGAGUUAAUAAAUAAUGGCUUGGAUUUGAUCCAUUAACUCAUUCAUGACUGGAGAUUGUAUUAUCCUGCUGAUGUGGUGAAGGGAAUUAAAUUCUGCACGACUGUUCAUUUUAUCCAUUAACCCAUUCAUGCUGGAGAUGUCAGCGUGCAUUGUUCCAGGCCUGAAGGAGUGUAAAUGUUCCGUGCAGCUCCUGCCAUGUGUUAGCUGUUAGGCCUGGCAGCUCUGCACCUCUCCAGGGCCUUUGUGUGGUUUCAAACAUCAUUUUAGCACAUUCUUCAAAUACCCACAAAAGCAGUUAUGUAAAAACUCAUCAGGCUCAACCACAUCAAAACUAAAAUGUUGUCCCCUUUCUGUCGGCCCCCUCCCCUUCCCCUAGGUCUGUUCGUUUGAAGUUGUUUUUAACGAUGAAAAGCUGCUAUUGUAGGUAGAAGAACGUCUUCCAGCUCGCCCUGAUCUAACAGCAUGUAAUGCGUCCCUUGGCAAGCAGGGGGGAGGCGGAGGCAGCAUAAUGCCUCGGGCAAUGCAGGCGGCUGUUCUUGCAAAAUACUAAGGGGUUCAUCCCUGUUUUCAGAAUCCUGGGGAGCAGUGACUUCUAUAUUUGAAGAAAGAGAGGCAGCUGGCCUCUAACUCCGUCCUUCUCAAGUCAAUUUUGGGGUCCAGCAAACACCCCAAAAUUGGAUGAUAUCACUUUAACUAUUAAAUGGUGACCCUUCAAUUGUCCACACGGCUGUUCUUUAACCAUAUUGGGGCAACGUUUUCAAGGAACAACAUAUAUAAAAUGUCAUGGCGUCCCUUCCUAUAACUUUAUACCCCCAGCAAGUUAUCCCUAAAAUAAAAGCCUAGAAUGGUCUUUGGAUUUGUCCUUAACUGAGCAUUUCUUCUGCUGUGGGUUUUAGCCCAUUAACUCUUUCAGUGCCAUGAGUGUCAUACACAGGGUCAAGGGAUUUCUUUAAUUAAAGUGGAAGCAUCUAUCUGUCUGAGGUGGAUUUCACUUUCGGAUGGUCAGUCUCUUUCCCUGAUGUAUGGUUAGCAGCCGCAUAUUAUUGGUAGAUUUCAAAUGCCUUCUAACAAAGUAUUUAUAUAUUAUUCAGUUUUAUUCUCUUGGGGAUACUGAUAAAAUCUGCACCCUUGGUUCUUUCGGAACUGUGUUGCGAAACCGUGAUCCACCAACGUACCAACUUUUAAACAGAGUGAGCUGUGAGCGAGUGUAAAUGCCAUCACAUCUGGCAGACUGACAAAUACCAGUUUCUGAGAGGACUUUCAGGGAAUAUUGUCUGGUUUUAAUAAUUUCUGAAAGCAUGUGCCUUGGUUGAGAGGUGUGGACCUGGUUUAGCUGCAAGCCACUCAUUAUUGGUUUGUUUUUGGCUGUGUUAAUUCCCUGUUAAUUGCUUUACUCCGGAAAGUAAAACCAUUCCUUCCUCCAGGUAUGACUGUAUCCUAUGGGCCCUGUUACAGCGCCAGCGACGCUCUUUAAUACCGCGUCCGUAUCCUGUGGGUGAGAUGGUUCGCCUAAUGUGUGAGGCCCAGUACAUUAUUAAGCCGGAGCAAUUCAGAUACAGAUUAGUCUUGCUUAUGCUAGUACAUUAAAAUAUAUUUUCCUUCUAAUAUAAAUAUUUCUACAGAUUCCCCCUCCCCCCCAUUGUAAUAUCAGGAGAUGGUGUUUAGCUCCCCCAUUGUAAUAUCAGGAGAUGGUGUUUACCUCCCCCCAUUGUAAUAUCAGGAGAUGGUGUUUAGCCCCCCCCCAUUGUAAUAUCAGGUGAUGGUGUUUAGCCCCCCCAUUGUAAUAUCAGGUGAUGGUGUUUAGCUCCCCCAUUGUAAUAUCAGGUGAUGGUGUUUAGCUCCCCCCAUUGUAAUAUCAGGUGAUGGUGUUUAGCUCCCCCCAUUGUAAUAUCAGGUGAUGGUGUUUAGCUCCCCCAUUGUAAUAUCAGGUGAUGGUGUUUAGCUCCCCCCAUUGUAAUAUCAGGUGAUGGUGUUUAGCUCCCCAUUGUAAUAUCAGAUGGUGUUUAGCUCCCCAUUGUAAUAUCAGGUGAUGGUGUUUAGCUCCCCAUUGUAAUAUCAGGUGAUUGUAAUAUCAGGUGAUGGUGUUUAGCCCCCAUUGUAAUAUCAGGAGAUGGUGUUUAGCUCCCCAUUGUAAUAUCAGGUGAUGGUGUUUAGCUCCCCCAUUGUAAUAUCAGGAGAUGGUGUUUAGCUCCCCCCAUUGUAAUAUCAGGAGAUGGUGUUUAGCUCCCCCCAUUGUAAUAUCAGGUGAUGGUGUUUAGCUCCCCCAUUGUAAUAUCAGGUGAUGGUGUUUAGCUCCCCCAUUGUAAUAUCAGGAGAUGGUGUUUAGCUCCCCCCAUUGUAAUAUCAGGUGAUGGUGUUUAGCUCCCCCCAUUGUAAUAUCAGGUGAUGGUGUUUAGCUCCCCCAUUGUAAUAUCAGGAGGUGGUGUUUAGCCUCCCAUUUAACCCCCCAUUGUAAUAUCAGGAGAUGGUGUUUAGGGGAAGUUGCAGAAUACUCCAUAGACAUCAAUCUUUAAUUCUCCUAUAUGUGCAAGAGUACAACACGGACGUGGGCUCCUGGCAGAUGUAACGCCACAUGCUGAGAAUGGCCAACCAGAUUGAGAUGGCGACGAGGGGCAGUUUUAGGUAGGUAAACCUACCUUCCAAUGCACCCACGGCCCAGUGCACACCAAACGAUUUACCAUCGGGGUCUUUGCAGGAUAUGACUCCCAGAACGUGACAACGCUGCUUUAAGAAUGACCAUAAGAUCUAACAUUGAAAGCCUGCCAUCCCCACCACCAACUGCUAGAAAAAGAGGGAAGCUCCUUACUAAACUACAUAAUGCCAUGACGUUUGAUCAUUUACUGCUGGCUUUGUGUUGGCUUUUAAAUCGAAACCCGAGUGUGCCAGUAGAUGUUCUGUGAAUCUGUCUGGCGGUCUGGGCCUUACUCUUUGAAAGAAAUACACAUUUUAUUAUUUUUUAAUACUGAUUUGCGCUCUCCCCUCAGGUACUUUGAAGGUGGCGUAUCCUCUGUUUACCUCUGGGAUCUGGACCAUGGCUUUGCAGGAGUAAUCCUUAUUAAGAAAGCUGGGGACGGAUCCAAGAAGAUUAAGGGGUGUUGGGAUUCGAUUCAUGUAGUGGAGGUUCAGGUAAUGGCGGUUACUAAACUCCUCUCUGGGUACAAAACAGGGCAGCAUCAUCCCCCUCUGUCUCCACUUCUUCCAGGCUCGGGGGGGAAGGGAACUUCAAAUUUGAAACUUGUUCAAGAUUCGUUUUGGUGAUUUGAGUAUUUUUUUUUGGGGGGGGGGGUUUUCUCACCUCCUAUGAGAAAAUCUCUCAUCUUAGCUUGCUAAAAAAAUCUCCCUUUUCUUAUAGGAGAAAUCGAGUGGACGUACUGCACAUUAUAAACUGACCUCCACCGUCAUGCUGUGGCUGCAGACAAACAAGACUGGAUCUGGUACCAUGAACCUGGGGGGAAGUCUGACCCGACAGGUAUGCAUCAAUGCACAAUCGUAACGUGGACAGAGUACAGGGCGGUCCUUGAUUCUCCCUUCCCAUCAGUAUCUCCUCAAUCCCAUUGGGAAUCAGCGGGCUGCAUCCCUUUAAUAUAUAUUGCCUUACCCUGUAAAUCAUCUCACUGUUUCUAGAUGGAGAAAGAUGAAACUGUGAGUGACUCCUCCCCGCACAUAGCAAACAUCGGCCGGCUUGUAGAGGUAAGAGUUAGUUUUGGCCAUCGUAGUCCCUGUAGACUUGUCAUUUUCUCAGUGAGGUGCCAUCUGCUGUCCUGUCAUGUUAAGUGCAUGUUUGUCUGCAAACGUCUGUGUGAAAUCUCACUCGAUCUUGUGUAUUUCCUCUUGUAGCAUAGGUUUGUUUCGUGUAGCUUUUUGUAUUGUUCCAUAUGUCCGAGUGGAUAAUACACAUCUAAUCACAGAUUUUGGCCUCUGUGUGUUUCUGACUGUUCCCACAUCAGACAAUGUUCUUUACUAGAUAGUGUAGUUUGUUCUUGUCAGUAUAUUGCAUGAUAAAUGUUCGUAUUAACUCUGAAUGCUCUUUUCAUAUGUGUAAAUGAAAGUUUGUGACAUAGUAAUACCCCAGUUACAUUGAUAAUACUGCCACGUGUUUAUAUUUGGAUGUUUUCAUUGUAUCUUUGAUCAAUGUGAUCUCACAUAUUUUUACAUUUCAGGACAUGGAGAACAAAAUACGAAGCACUCUCAAUGAGAUCUACUUUGGAAAAACCAAGGAUAUAGUCAAUGGACUAAGGUAAUAUGAGCUAGGCCAGCUCUGCACCAGUUUCCGUUACCACCCCUCGGAUCUAGAAUCCCAAAGUUGGAAGAGAUGGAGUGACCAGCUCUACCAGUGACAUGUUCUCUCCUUUCUCUUUCCUUGGGUCACUUUUGAUCUAGCUUUUCUCCUUUGUCCGCUUUUCUCAGUAACAGCCAUUGACUCUGUUAUUUAAUCUGAUCCCUGACUCCUUUCCUCUCUCUACUUCUUUACUUGGCCUCCGAACUCCUCUCUGUAGAUCAAUAGAUGCUCUCCCUGACAACAUUAAGUAUAGACAACUGCAGAGAGAGCUCUCUCAGGUGCUGACACAACGCCAGAUCCUCCUGCAGCCCGAUAACUAGUCCAGGUACCCACUGCCCGUGCGUGCCAAUCUUUCACCAUUUUCCGAUGACGGCUGAUGUUCUGCGCAUGAUUUGCGAGUGGGGACCUUUCACACAGUGCUGCAUCGUGCAUGGCUCGGUAGCACUGUGUCCAGAUAGCCAGCAGCACUGCCUCCGUUACCUGGCGCAUGCAGUUUGUGUUUUUCCACCUAAGCAGCUGAAAAAUGUGUGCUGAAUUAAGGCGAGAGAUCUUUGGCAUGUGUUGAUAGCAGGCCAGGGGGUGAACGUACUAUGUCAUUUGCAGAAGACAGUGUUCUUGGUUGCUAUAGCUAUCUUUAAAGUUUGAGACAAACAGAGACCAAGGGGGGAAGCCAUUAAAUUCUCCAUAAACAGAUUUACUGCCUGAGGGAUCUCGAGUUUUCUUAUCUGGCAUCGGUCUUUUUCCCAGCAGGUGAGCGACCUGAACUCUUUGCAUUGUCUCAUUCCAUUUUCCAGGGAGGUCGCUGUUGGGUGGUACAGUGGGGAUGGCUGGGUGCAUGGAGUGAGGUCUAACCCCGCACUCUGCGUGCUCCUGGUAAAGCAUGUUUUUGUGACUAACAUUCAUAUGGGGGUAGGAUUAACUGUUCCAUGGAGAAGCAGGCUGUCUUCAAGGAUAAGGGGUGGCCGACUCCAGAUUUUGAGGGCUACAGGCAGCCCAGGAUUUCUACGUAUUCCUGCUUUAGAGUAGGUGAAUCCAUUAAAAGGUUGAUGCGGGUUAAGUCACCUGUGAUUUAUCAGGAAUUCUGAGAAAACCUUAAGGUAAGGAAUUUGAUAAACAUGAGAUUGAGAGUGGGAUUAGAUGGAGCAUUGCAUUUCUCAUAAACUGUUUAUGUACAUGCAAGUCUAUGAGUAACCUUACAUUAUCUACAUAUAAAAAUAACAAGCCCUCCCUAUGCCAUCAGCUAUACCGUGUUAAUCAGAUCAUCAGAUUAACACAAGGUAUUAUGGGAUACUGGGAUGUAAUAGGAAGGCUAUGCCGUAUUUAUUGAGAAUAAGAUCACGUGAAAGUUUGUGGUGAAUGGGUUCUGAUAAUAUCGUGUGGUGACAGUGUCCAAGUGAAAGGCCUGUUUUACUUCAUUGAAGAUCCAUCUUUAAGGAAUGUAAGAAGCUAUUUCAAAUUUCUUUAUCUUCCAGUAAGAUCUCUAUAAGAUAUAUAUUACUAAAUUAAAUAAUAAAAUCUGCAGUUUUUAAUGAUCUAGGAAUAAGAUGAAUUUACUUUAUGUGGUCAGAUUCAAAUUGUGCACAUGAAGGGAGUCUGGUACAUUAGUAUGUCAGUACUAUAAUAAAAUAAAGGCAGCAUGCUUUCGGUAUAUCCGGGCUACGCCGCUUGUUCGGAAGUGACUCCUUUUGUGUGAUCGCAGUUUAAAAGAACAUAUUUAAAGUUAUUCAAUGAAUUGAUGAGUUUCCAUGCUCCGGGCAGGUGUCAGUAGAUCAGCAAGGAUUGUUUAUUCUGACACCGUGAUUGUCCCCAGAUCAUAGUUCAAUCGUAACGGUCUUUUGUUUUUGUUCCUUCUUCCAGGUCUGUCCAGACAUUUGCCGACAAAUCAAAACAGGACGCUUUGAAGAAUGAUUUAGUGGAGGCUCUGAAGAGAAAGCAGCAAAGUUAA